CUCCCGUGAGAGGGCCUUUGCGGUGAGCCAAACACAUUAGCUCAGCAGCGGAAGACUCCGAGUUCUCGGUACUCUUCAGGGAUGAGUCAUGUGGCGGUGGAAAAUGCGCUCGGGCUGGACCAGCAGUUUGCUGGCCUAGACCUGAACUCUUCUGAUAAUCAGAGUGGAGGAAGUACCGCCAGCAAAGGGCGCUAUAUUCCUCCUCACUUAAGGAACAGAGAAGCUACUAAAGGAUUCUAUGAUAAAGACAGUUCAGGGUGGAGUUCUAGUAAAGAUAAGGAUGCAUACAGCAGUUUUGGUUGCCGUAGUGAUUCAAGAGGGAAGUCUAGUUUCUUCAGUGAUCGUGGAAGUGGAUCAAGGGGAAGGUUUGAUGAUCGUGGACGAGGUGACUAUGACAGCAUUGGCAGCCGUGGUGAAAGAGGUGGCUUUGGAAAAUAUGAACGUGGCGGAAAUAGUCGCUGGUGUGACAAAUCAGAUGAAGAUGAUUGGUCAAAACCACUCCCGCCAAGUGAACGCUUGGAACAAUCUUCUGAUUUCAGAGAACUUUUUUCUGGAGGCAACACUGGGAUUAACUUUGAAAAAUACGAUGACAUUCCAGUUGAGGCAACAGGCAACAACUGUCCUCCACACAUUGAAAGUUUCAGUGAUGUUGAGAUGGGAGAAAUUAUUAUGGGAAACAUUGAGCUUACUCGCUACACUCGUCCGACUCCAGUGCAAAAGCAUGCUAUUCCUAUUAUCAAAGAGAAGAGAGACUUGAUGGCUUGUGCCCAAACAGGGUCUGGAAAAACUGCAGCAUUUCUCUUGCCCAUCUUGAGUCAGAUUUAUUCUGAUGGUCCAGGCGAGGCUUUGAGGGCCAUGAAGGAAAAUGGAAGGUAUGGGCGCCGCAAACAAUACCCAAUCUCCUUGGUGUUAGCACCAACUAGAGAAUUGGCUGUACAGAUCUAUGAGGAAGCCAGGAAAUUUUCAUACCGAUCUAGAGUUCGUCCUUGCGUGGUUUAUGGUGGUGCUGAUAUUGGUCAGCAAAUUCGAGACUUAGAACGUGGAUGCCACUUGUUAGUAGCCACUCCAGGACGUCUAGUGGAUAUGAUGGAAAGAGGGAAGAUUGGAUUAGACUUCUGCAAAUACUUGGUGUUAGAUGAAGCUGAUCGGAUGUUGGAUAUGGGGUUUGAGCCUCAAAUACGUAGAAUCGUUGAACAAGAUACUAUGCCACCAAAGGGAGUUCGCCACACUAUGAUGUUUAGUGCUACUUUCCCGAAGGAAAUACAGAUGCUUGCUCGUGAUUUCUUGGAUGAGUAUAUCUUUCUGGCUGUAGGAAGAGUUGGCUCUACCUCUGAAAACAUCACACAGAAAGUAGUCUGGGUGGAAGAGUCAGACAAACGGUCAUUUCUGCUUGACCUUCUAAAUGCAACAGGCAAAGAUUCACUGACCUUAGUGUUUGUGGAGACCAAAAAGGGUGCAGAUUCUCUAGAGGAUUUCUUGUACCAUGAAGGAUAUGCCUGUACGAGUAUCCAUGGAGACCGAUCUCAGAGAGAUAGAGAAGAGGCUCUUCACCAGUUCCGCUCAGGAAAAAGCCCGAUUCUAGUGGCUACAGCAGUAGCAGCAAGAGGACUGGACAUUUCAAAUGUGAAACAUGUUAUCAAUUUUGACUUGCCCAGUGAUAUUGAAGAAUAUGUACAUCGCAUUGGCCGUACAGGACGUGUAGGAAACCUUGGCCUUGCCACCUCAUUCUUUAAUGAGAGGAACAUAAAUAUUACCAAGGAUUUGUUGGAUCUUCUUGUUGAAGCUAAACAAGAAGUGCCAUCUUGGUUAGAAAACAUGGCUUAUGAACACCACUACAAGGGUAGCAGUCGUGGACGAUCCAAAAGUAGUAGAUUCAGUGGAGGAUUUGGUGCCAGAGACUAUCGACAGAGUAGUGGUCCCAGCAGUUCCAGCUUCGGCAGCAGCCGCGCCAGCAGCAGCCGCAGUGGUGGAGGCGGCCAUGGCAGCAGCAGAGGGUUUGGUGGAGGUGGCUAUGGAGGCUUUUACAACAGUGAUGGAUAUGGAGGAAAUUAUAACUCCCAGGGGGUUGACUGGUGGGGUAACUGAACCUGCUUUGCAGUAGGUCACCCUGCCAAACAAGCUAAUAUGGAAACCACAUGUAACUUAGCCAGACUAUACCUUGUGUAGCUUCAAGAACUCGCAGUACAUUACCAGCUGUGAUUCUCCACUGAAAUUUUUUUUUUAAGGGAGCUCAAGGUCACAUGAAGAGUUGAAAGGAACAAUCAGCAGCCCUGUUCAGAAGGUGGUUUGAAGACUUCAUUGCUGUAGUUUGGAUUAACUCCCCUCCCAACCCCCAUCCCAAACUGCAUUUAUAAUUUUGUGACUGAGGAUCAUUUGUUUGUUAAUGUACUGUGCCUUUAACUUUAGACAACUUUUUAUUUUGAUGUCCUGUUGGCUCAGUAAUGCUCAAGAUACCAAUUGUUUUGACAAAAUAAAUUUACUGAACUUGGGCUAAAAUCAAACCUUGGCACACAGGUGUGAUACAACUUAACAGGAAUCAUCGAUUCAUCCAUAAAUAUUAUAAGGAAAAAACUUAUGCGGUAGCCUGCAUUAGGGCUUUUUGAUACUUGCAGAUUGGGGGAAAACAAACAAACGUCUUGAAGCAUAUUAAUGGAAUUAGUUUCUAAUGUGGCAAACUGUAUUAAGUUAAAGUUCUGAUUUGCUCACUCUAUCCUGGAUAGGUAUUUAGAACCUGAUAGUCUUUAAACAAGCCAUUCCAGUCAUGAUGAGGUGAUGUAUGAAUACAUGCAUACAUUCAAAGCACUGUUUUCAAAGUUAAUGCAAGUAAAUACAGCAAUUCCUCUUUCAAUGUUUAGGCAGAUCAUUAAUUAUGAGCUAGCCAGAUGUGGGCAUACUAUUACAGGGAAAGUUUAAAGGUCUGAUAACUUGAGAUAGGUUUUUAGGAGAAUUCAUCUACUUAGACUUUUUAAAUGCCUGCCAUAAAUGAAACUGAAAUGGUAGAAUGGCUGACCACAGCAAUGACCAGCCCUCAUUAGGGCCCUGGAUGAUUUUUGGUCUAAUAACGCAUGCUAGUGUUGAUGUUUUUUGGUCAAGAGGGUAUGAACAGGAAGAAUUAAUGCAGCAGGCUUUAUUUUAAAUGCCGAUUUACAUUACUCUGUUCAAGCUGCGUUGAGAUGUUAAACUGGCUUACUAUAGACUUUGUAAAAAUGGCUCCAGAAGAGUAACAAACUGAAAUCUUUGAGAUCACACAGGUUGGAAAUAUGUACAUAACUGCACAAGGUGUCAAUUCUGCUAUACAGUGCAGUUUUAGUCAGUUUUAGUUGCAUAGGUUUCCAUUGUAUUUAUAGUCUGUUUAUGCUAAAUCUGGCCAAAGAUGAGCAUUGUCCACCACUAAAAUGCCUCUGCCACUUUGAAUUCUGUGCUAAUUUUGUGGCCAGAAUGCGGUGAUCAAAACGCUCAAUCUUUUUACAGUGGCAUAGGAAGAUGGCAAAAAUUUCCUAAAGUGCAAUAGAUUUUCAAGUGUAUUGUGCCUUGUUCUAAAACUUUUAUUAAGUAGGUGCACUUGACAGUAUUGAGGUCAUUUGUUAUGGUGCUAUUUCAAUUAGUCUAGGUUUAGGCCCUUGUACAUUUUGCCCAUAACUUUUUACAAAGUACUUCUUUUAUUGCACAUUCAGAGAAUUUUAUAUAUAUGUCUUGUGUGCGUGUCCUUAUACUUCCAAUCUUAUUUUGUCUCUUGGAGAUUGUUGAACGCAGCUUGUCUAGGAAGGGGAUGGGACUAGAUUCUAAAAUUUAUUUGGGACCAUGGGAAUGAUAGUUGGGAAGAAAACUAUUUGCACACGACAGAUUUCUAGAUACUUUUUGCUGCUAGUUUUAUGUAAUAUUUAUUGAACAUUUUGACAAAUAUUUAUUUUUGUAAGCCUAAAAGUGAUUCUUUGAAAGUUUAAAGAAACUUGACCAAAAGACAGUACAAAAACACUGGCACUUGAAUGUUGAAUGUCACCGUAUGCGUGAAAUUAUAUAUUUCGGGGUAGUGUGAGCUUUUAAUGUUAAGUCAUAUUAAACUCUUAAGUCAAAUUAAGCAGACCCGGCAUUGGCAGUGUAGCCAUAACUUUCUGAUGUUAGUAAAAAUAAAAUUGGCGACUUUAAAUUAAAUCAUGCCAAGGUUUUGAUACACUUGUCUUAAGAUAUUAAUGAAACACUUCAAAACACUGAUACGAAGUGUCCAGAUUCUCAGAUAUUGUGUGAGUUUUGUUUCGUUGUGUGUAUUUUUUUUUUUUCAGUGAAUGUCUGGCUCAUUGCAAUCCUCAAACAUGUGGUUAUCUUUGUUGUAUUGGCAUAAUCAGUGACUUGUACAUUCAGCGAUAGCAUUUGAGCAAGUUUUAUCAGCAAGCAAUAUUUUCAGUUAUAAGGUUUCAAAAAUCACAUAAGAGUGGAUUUAAACUUGCUGAAUGUGAAGAUUGAACCUCAAGUCACUGUAGCUUUAGUAAUUGCUUAUUGUAUUAGUUUAGAUGCUAGCACUGCAUGUGCUGUGCAUAUUCUGAUUUUAUUAAAAUAAAAAGUUGAACUGCACAGUCUCUUUUGUUGUUGUCAAUUG